AAUACAGAAAUCAUCUGGAUUAGAGAAAAUAAGCUCUUUAUUACAGGCAGAUGGUUGUAGAGACAGAGUAGAGUAAUUUAGUUUGUUAAAAGAGUGAGAACCUAUUUAGCGCUUUUCUGUUGCAACUUGCAAACACAACACAACGCAAAUCAAGAGGAUGAAUAUCAUUAUGAUGAAAACAGGUUUCGCUAGAAGCUUGUCCGACACGGCAACAAUCAGAUCCUCGUCUCUUUCAUUACUUCGUUUGUUGUCUUCCACUUCCACUACCGUCGCUGACGUGGACGGUUCUGCUUCUUCCGUUGUUAAGGUUGUCAUUCCCAAAUUGCUUCAACCUAGAGUUGUCCUUUACGACGGCGUUUGUCAUCUCUGCCACCGAGGAGUGAAAUUGGUAAUAAAAGCUGACAAGGACAGAAAGAUCAAAUUCUGUUGCGUUCAGUCUAACGCUGCUGAGCCCUAUUUGAGAGCAACCGGUCUUGAGCGAGAGGAUGUCCUACGUCGCUUUUUAUUUAUUGAAGGCCUGAAUGUAUUCUCUCAGGGAUCUACUGCUGCAUUGCGCGUACUGUCAUACUUGCCAUUCCCUUACUCUGCUUUAAGCUCGCUGUGGGUGAUUCCAACUCCAAUAAGGGAUGCUGUCUAUGAUUAUAUAGCAAAAAACCGGUAUGAAUGGUUUGGCAAGGCAAAUGACUGUUUGGUUUUGCAAGAGAAGGAGCUGCUUGAGCGUUUCAUAGAUAGAGAUGAAAUGAUGAAUCGAGAUCCGUAGUCUUAGUUUCUGCGUCAUGAUAUCAACCACAAUUUACACUAACAUUACAGCUUCUUUUCUGUUAUCUUACAAUAUCUUUAUUUUCUCUAAAGAAAGGGCCUCCAUAAGUAGUAUCCUUCACCUAACAUUGCUGACAAUUUCUUAGUAUAAUUUUUUAAUACCAUUCUUGAGAAUUAUAUGAAUA